AUGGUAAACGAGACGUCCUCCACGCACCAAUCGGUGGCCGCCACCGGCGUGCACCGGUUGAGGGUCGUCGGGCACUCUCUCCUCAAAGGCACCGACACACGCAUAAAAUCAGCGACCUUCCGUGUGGGCGGCCAUGAUUGGGCUGUCGCAUACUUACCUGACGGCGAGAAAAAGGAAGGGUCUCUCCAAGAUCACGUCUCUGUGUUCCUCCGGCUGCUGAACGCCGCCGUCGUCAAGGACGAGGUCGUGACGUCCAUGUCCUUCUGCCUGGAAGACCCCACCUCGGGGACAGCUGGUACGAUCGAAAGGACUGGCACUGUCAAAUUCUCAGCCAAAUCUCAGACCUGGGGUUACCCCAAUUACAUGUCCAAAACCGAUCUGGCCGCGUCUGGGUGCAUCAAGGACGACUGUCUCGUGAUCAAGUGCGCCGUCAAUGUCAUUACCUCCAAACUCAUCAACAACGACAACGAGGAAGAAGAAGAUGUAGCCGUACCACCCGCCGAGCUGGACAACCAUCUCGGCCGUCUUUUGGAGACCGGCGUCGCGACGGAUAUCACGAUCAAGAUUGGAUGGCUCAAGCAGUUCAAGGCACACCGGUGCGUGCUCGCGGCGCGGUCGCCGGUCUUCCGCGCGCUGCUGUGCGGUUCCAUGAUGGAGAGCAAGAAAAGCAGCAUCCGCGUCGUGGACAUAGAUGCUGAUGUUUUCAAGAUCUUGCUACAGUACAUGUAUGAUGAGUCCACGCCGGCGUUCAUGGAGGAGACCACCGAAGACGCGGCAAACAUGACGAAAGACUUGCUCAUCGCGGCUGAUCGAUACGGCAUCGAGAGGCUGAAGCUGAUAUGUGAGAGGAAACUGAGCAAGGCAUUAGAUGUCAACACGGUGUGUUCCGCUCUCGAGUUCGCGGAUCGACACAGCUGCCUGCAGCUGAAGAAUUGCUGUCUCGCUUACAUCGUAAAAGAUCGCGAGAGGUUGAAGGCCAUUGUCAGAACGCAAGGAUUUGAUCAGCUAGACCAGAACUGCCAUUCUAUACUAUCGGAAAUCCUUGUCAAAUCUCUCCAUAUUUGA